AUGCAAGCUCCUCCAGAGGGCAUCCCAUAUUCCCGCAGCGCUGCAUCCCUACCUUCUCAUCCGAAACAAGCACCUCGGAAACACCUCUUUCACCGACUAUCUUCCUUGUCGCUUUUCGACAAGAAGCCAACCGCGAAAACAUGGCACAAGCAGAUCGAUAACACGGCGAAUGGCCUCAGACCCGUCUCCGCUCACGAUGAUGCCUUCUUCCUCUUUCCAUGGGCGCAGCUUCGAUUACAUACAGAUGAGUUCCUUCGCAAGCAGAAGACACCUGCUGCAGAAUAUGAUGUGGUUCUCACUGGAUUGAUUACGACACAUGCCGACAAGGUCGUUGCUCUGGCUGCAUGUGCGCAUGCGCUUUCGGAGCCAGCGGUCGCGGAAGUGCUGACUGCUUUCUCGCAGCGGGAGGGAUAUUUAGAGGACUAUCUGCAGGCUUUCGUCGCUGCAGGCCACGGAAAGAGUCAUGCUGCCGGUGAUGCGGCUUGGGCGACAACGCUUGUGGCGGUUCACGGUGCAACGGCAUCGCCCAAUCCUUCUCCUGCAGUGUUGCAUGCUGUCUUUCUCCAGUCUGUCAAUAAGCCACUACCUAUUGACCCGAUACUUCGAUGUAAAGUACCAGACGUUGUAAGACCGCUGCUGUCGAAGUUCAACGUUGCCCUUGGUAACUGGCAGAAGUCUCAGGAUUGGACGUCGGCCCUGCCUCUACAAAGCGUACUUUCCAAGAUCGAUGAGGGGAUGAAUGGAAGGUUGCCUCUCCUGGAAGAGCUGUUGCAAGCUGAUGUACCUAAGUGGAGACACUGGGCCGCAUGGCGACCGAACACAGAUCGUCUGAAAGCAUGGCAGCCGAUGUCGAAAGACUGGUUGCGCCCUCUCUGGUUUCUCCUAGGACCGAACUUUGACUUUGUGGACGGCGUUCACGUGUCUACUUUAUCUCGCAUCAUACUUGACGGCAGAUUCAUCGCUUGGCUGGAAGAGAGCGGGAUCACGAUUGGACCCGGACUAUUAGUUGACGACACUCAAGAUGCCCUGACAACUUUCACGCUCCGCUUGUUCGAAGUCAUUGACACUGUGUGUGCUAAAGGUGGACUUUCCGCAACGUUUUUCUGGCAUUUAUGGCUCGACGACCAGCUUGGGCUGGAUGGGCAUACGCUGAAGCUUUGGGAACUUGCGCGGGUGUCAUUGUUCAAAAGAGCUCCACUGUUCUUGCAAGGAGUCCUACAAGGCGGACCAGGCGGUGAUGAUGCUACUUCGACUUUAUCUGUUGGACUCUGUGCGCUUGACAAUGCCGCGUAUAAGAACCUCCGGACAUAUCUGAAUACCGACAUUUGGCAUUUUACCAUUGAAGCCGGCAAUAGUCUGAAAUCCACCUUUCUGACGGACUUGCAGGCUGAUAAUGACUGGUUUCUUUCAGCCACUGCUAUCGUGGGAUUUUGCUCGACGAUUUCCAAGUUUCCCUGGCUGGGCGACUCGCAGGACCGAAGCCUUACUUUGUCGCCAGGGACGCCAGUGACGAUGGUGAGCCUGGCCGCGCUUCAGGAGCUUCAUCAAACCCUGCAAUGGCCAGAUGACUUCCUCGAACCAACUGCUCAAGCAUACAUCUCCAACGUCGUCCUUGGUCAGAACCACUGCGGUCAAGACGAUGGACUAUCCGUCAUAAAAGAGCUUCACGUCAUCUGGCAGCACCCAAAGAACCGGCCACAUCGAUCCGCGGCUCUUGCCUUGGCACACCUACGUGAUGUCUCUGCUUCGUACCGGGCACAGUGCUUGCAAGAAAUUUACGUUUUCAAUGAUAGUCAGGUCAAGAAACUGGAAGAUGCGAUGAUCGGAAUCAAAUACAAAGCAGCAGACAUGUGCCAUUGCAUCGUGCGCCUUGCCGCGAAAGCUGUUAGAAAGAAUCCUGCUGCCAAGAUAGCGUGGGCAGCUGUCACACGAUAUGUUCUCGAGACUUACAAUAUCUCCCCGAGAUACGCGGUUGCCGAUCGAUUGCUGACGAGGUGCAGCUUUAAAAAAUACCAGAACUGGGUCAAGAACCUCUUCUGCAUCUUUGGAGAUUUGGUAGAGGAUAUCGCAGAGUCUAUGGAAUGGCUCGAAACUUUGAGUCGACUCAGAGACGUCCUAGUGACGCUGCAAAGGAUUCCAGAGUCUCAGCGAGCAUUGCAUGUCAUUUUCACCUCGUAUGGAUCCCUUUUCUCGCUGCACGUGGUUGACAUGCUGGUUUGCAUACAACAACAGACCAACCAAGACCGAUCGGAGCUCAUGUGCCAUCUAGUGUUGUCGUUGACAGAGAAGAGUCUUGCGAAACAGGUCUCAGAGACGGUCUGCUUGCUUUCAUCGAUCUCUCAAGCUGGAUUUGAUCAGUGCAAGGAGCUUGUGGUUCUGUCUGAUCGCGAAUCGCUCUAUGUUGCAGCUGUCCAGAUGGAGGUGUGGCUGCAAGACGAGUCGAUGUCCCCAAAUAUUAAGAAGGCGUUGAGGUGUCUGGGCGAGGCUUUACAUUUGCCAGCUUCACCCCAAGCGGUCACCGCCAAGGACUACUUUCUCAAACGAGUCGAAACAAUGAUCAAGUCUGCCCAUGAGUUGGAAUCGAUGCGGAUCUAUCUAAAAGGCACUGACCGUGUCGGCGUUGCCACAGUUCUCACGAAUCUGGGCCUAGAAGACUCGACGUCACUCCUAGAGGAAGAAAUCAUGGACCUUCCCAACGAGUUCUUCAACUUCGUAGAACAGAUGGACGACCAGGUUGUCGAGCUACAGUUUCCGCUCACCGGCGUGAAAGAGUUGCAACGCAACGCAAUGGGACUGAAACCCAACGAGAGCCUAGUCGUUUGGUUGACCACCGACGUCGAUGGUACUAGAGAGUCGUUCUGCGUGCAUGCCAUUGACACUGAUACAGAAUGGUCAAAAUUACAGCAUGAUCCAAUCAAAGUCUUACAAUCGAAGCCACCAAGCCGUCAGUCCUGCAAACACAGUCGGCCUACCCGAGUUGCGUGCAUGAUCAUGCGAUGCGGCUGGCAGAAGCUGCGAGCGACACACAGGGCUACUCUGGCGGAAAUAUACCAGGAUAUCGAAUCGGCUAUCAAAACGUAUGGUGAUAAAUGCUUGGUCUGCAAUGGAAGCAUUGGGGCUCAUCUGUAUCGGCCCACAGUCUGCAGCAAGGCCGCUUGUCGAAGCAUAUAUCUGUUUUCAGAUCUCGACGUUCGACUUGCAGAUCUACAUCUGAACCAGAAGGCCGUUGGUCUCUUGCUCGCAGCGGUGCAAUCGGCGGCGUUGGCAAUGUCGAGUCGAGCUGAUGAUACGAGCAUUGAUUUGCUGCCUGAUCGACCCAUUCGACUGGCCGACAACAAGAAACUUAUCACGAUGCUGGAUUCCAUCCCGGCAAUCACAAAGAUGGUCGGUGGUCUGAGCGAUUUCAAUUCCAUCCGAACCCGGCAUUCAAUCCGUCACGAACUCCUCUUCUCGUGGACACUCAACACCUAUCAAGGCUUCAUCGUCGAAGCCACUGGUUCACUCCGGAUUCCCAACAUGCCCAAUGUUCUGCAGUUUGUCCUCGCCGACAGUCCUCCCGGAAUCAUGGCUGCCUUCGCCAAGCAUGAUCAUACCCAGCCACGCCAAGUCUUGUUUCACGGUACAUCCAUGGAUCGACUCUUUGCCAUCCUCUGCCAAGGGCUGAAGGUCCUGGGCCAGACAUCCCUUCAAGUCCACGGGGCAGUCUACGGCACGGGCAUAUACCUCGCUGAGGAGCCGUCCCUCGCUGUAUCGUAUAGUCGAGCGACGCAAAGACGAUCCUCAUCCUUUUCUACGCAGCAUGCUGAGUUUGUGAACAAGCGAAUCUUGUUGGGCAUUGAGUAUGCAGGCGAGGACGGUAAGCAGGGCAAUGGCAUAUAUGUAGCAGCUGAUCCUACAAAGCUGCUUUUGCGGUAUAUCUUUCUGCUGCCGCAGACUUUCAAAGCUCCACUGGCGAACCAUGUGGUGCCGGCUUUGCAAAGCAACUUUCAUACAUUGAAGAUGGGCGCAAGACCAGGAUGA